AUGCUCUUGUUCCAUGGGGUCAGAAAUAUUUUUCAUUGUAUGGAAGUGAUAUUCAAAAGUUCCUCGCACUUAUUUGUGUGCUUACUCUCUUUUCGAUUUUUUAAUGCCUUAUUAAUACAAACAUCGUAUGUGCCAGAUGAGUAUUGGCAGUCUGUUGAAGUUGCACACAGUUGGGUGUUUGGAUAUGGAACACUCACAUGGGAAUGGGAACCGAAAAUCGCACUUCGAAGUCCUGUUCAUCCACUUUUGAUUAGCUUCGUAUAUAAAGUAAUUGCAAUUCUUGGUGUUGAUUCACAGUGGAUGAUAACGAAGUCACCUCAACUUCUGCACGGUUUCUUUGCAGCUAUUGCUGAUUUGCACUUGUACAAGCUUAUCAAUCAGCUAUCUGGAUUUGAAAUAGCCAAAUGGACAUUAUUUCACCACAUUUGUAAUUGGUUCACUAUAUAUUGUGCUCCGCGAAGUCUAUCAAACUGCAUUGAGUGGUGCUUAUGCAUAAUUGGUUUAUCCUAUUAUCCAUGGAAUGUGAUAUGUCAGACGGACCAACACUUCAUUCAGUCAACAGUAAACAAAUGUCGUGAUCAGUCGAACUGGUUCAUUUUCAUUGCAGUAGUUUGUGUUCUAAUACGUCCCACAGCUUUAAUUAUUUGGUUACCUUUAUGUUUUUGGCAUAUAUGGCGAAAGUGUAAGAUAGCUAGCCUACUUAAUACCGAUAAUAAUCAUGAUUCCAAAGAAUAUCCAAAGCACUCCGGGACAAAACGGUUUCUAAGUCAUGUUAUCUACCAAUUUGGUACUUACUUCAGCAUUAUUUUCCCUUGCGUUGCAUUCUCGUGCGUUCUGGAUCGUUGGGCAUUCGGUGAGUGGAUAAUCAACCAGUGGAAUUUCGUCAAAUUCAAUAUUCUUUUUGGAGGAUCAGAAGUUUAUGGCGUUCAGCCUUGGCACUGGUACUUAUCCCAAGGAUUUGUAGUUAUGUUGUUAACACAAACACCUCUAACAGUAAUUUUUAUAGUUAUGUAUUUCAUUUAUGGUCCACGUUUAGUAAGAGAUCUUACCAGACAGAGAAAGAAGUCGGAUUACUCAAACAACUCUAGUAAUCAAUCGCUUUGUGAUCCAUGUGGCUUGUGCAUUGUUCUCUUACUAUGGACUAUAAUAUGUUAUAGUUUCUUACCGCACAAGGAAUUCCGGUUUAUCUUCCCAUCAAUUCCAUUAGCUAUGUACUUUUCUGGUAUUACGUCAGUGUGCUUCGUCCGUUACGGGUUCAAACUAAACUUUCUGCGAAACCAGGACACUCGACGCCGAUGCUUGGUGUCAUUCAUCAUUUUAACACAUAUCCCAUUGGCAUUGUAUACAUGUUUAUUGCAUCAACGUGGUGGACUUGAUUCAAUUAAAUUUUUGAACAAACAGAUAUUGAAAAAUCAGCUUAGAGACGAGGACGCAGCCGUUCUAGGCUUGAUGCCAUGUCAUACAAUCCCAUCAGUAGGCUAUCUACACAGAAACAUUUCUUUUAAGCAACUAACAUGUGAUCCAGAUUUGACAAAAUUGAUACGUAGUAAUUAUCAGUAUAUCGACGAGGCUGAUCUGUUCUAUGAAAACCCAAGAUUGUGGUUGGAAAACUACAACAUUUCGUUAUUUGUUGGAGCGAAUAGUCAUCGUCCAAAACCAAGGUUUAUAUUUAUGUUUGACCAUCUGAUUAGUACUUAUAAAUCUGUACAACUAUUUUUAGUGUCAUGGAACUAUAAAUUAUGUGGCGAGUUGUUUUUCUCCCAUAUACUGACUCAUUCUAGAUAUGGUCACAAUAUACUUUUUUACUGUCUAAACUAAACUAUAUUUGACUUUACUUUUUCACGUUUCAAAACUAAUCGCAAAAUAAAAC